AUGCUUGGUACCGAAAAGGUUGAUGACCAGGAGGGUCAGGUGUUUACUGGUGAAGUUCACGAUGACCCUGGUCAUGCUCACGAUGCUGUUUUCGGAAGACUCACCAAUGAUGGUCCAAAUUACCGCAAUGCGAGUUUGCACUUCCUGCAAAUCAUCCAGGUUAUUAAUGAUUACAUAGUCGGCACCUUCAAGCUUCGGCAUCGUGAAGUGUACGGUAUUGAUGAUGCGGGUGGCCUCAUGUUUGGUCGUGCUGGGCAGGAAAUCUUUGGCUUUGCAUUCGGUCUCUACUGGACAUUUGUCUGCGGAUCGGCCAUGCUCAGCGUGUCAAUUGGCUUCAAUGCCGUUUCAAAUCAUGGAACUUGUACUGCCGUCUUUGUCGCUGUUGCAGCUGUCACUGGUUUCAUCUUCGCCAGCAUCCGAACCCUCGGGAAGCUAAGUUGGUUAGCUUGGCUGGGAUUAAUCUGUGUCAUCUCUUCUGUCAUCAUACUUACAAUUGCUGUGGGUAUACAAGAUCGACCUGCAGCUGCACCCAAAGACGCAGUCUGGGUAUCGGACUACGAGCUCUUCAAGGAGCCGAGCUUUACCAACGCCAUGUCUGCUAUCUACAGUCACAGUGCCUGCUACAUUGCAAUCGGCUGCGUGGUGUACUAUUUCUGUGGCUCGUAUGUUGCAUCGCCAGCUCUCGGAUCUGCAGGUGUCUUGAUCAAGAGAGUCAGCUACGUAAUCGCACUUCCUGGGCUAAUCGUCACGACUAUGUUGGCUUGCCAUCUGGCAAGUAAGCAUGUCUUUGUACGUAUCUUGCGAGGCUCCAAGCAUCUCGCCGCCAAUACCUUCACCCACUGGGCAUCUUGGACAGGAUGUACUUUUGGUAUCACCGUUGUCGCAUAUGUGAUAGCCAGCGGUAUCCCCAUCUUUGGUGGGCUCGUUUCUCUUAUCGGGGCACUGCUUGCUACAUCACUCUCAUUCCAACCCAUGGGAUGCAUGUGGCUAUAUGACAACUGGAAGCGCGGGAAACAAGAUCGCUCGAUUCCUUGGUCUAUCGGAGUGCUCUGGAGCGUUACAAUUAUUGUCUUGGGGACAUUUUUGACCAUCGCCGGGACAUAUGCUUCAGUGGUUGACAUUAUAGCCUCAUACAAAGUAUCUGGAGGUUCAGCAGCCUGGUCGUGCGCUGACAACUCUGGCUCUUCGUAA